AUGUGGCAGGCGCAUGGUGCAGGACAGCAGCUGCAAGGAACGGUGAAGAGCACACCAGCAUGCAGCCCCAUGAAAGACGAACUUAAUGUGCGAGAAGCGGAAGAGCGUAUAUCCGCCUCUUUUGAUUGGCUGUGUGCGAGCCAGUUUUGUGCUCAACGGUGUUCAUGCUCUGUGCCCAGGGACGGACUACAGCCAUUGCUGCUUGAGACCGAUUGGUUUGCCACAUCCCGCCUCCCACGAGCGUUCGAGCAUCUAGGCGAUCGCACAGUUCUUACCGCACAUCAAACUGCCCUUCAUCUCCUAAUGGCUGCCCUGUACAUUAUUCCUAUGUUCUGUUAUUUUCACACCCUGCAAAUUCGGGAUUUCCACCAUGUCAAAAGUCCACGGAUGUAA